GAGGGAGAGAGACAGGAGCUACAGCAGCUCUCUCUCCUCUGCAGACCAGACCCACCUCAGCCAUAGCCCUGACUGAGACCGAGAGAGAGAGAGAGCAGCAGCUGACAAGAAAUAACGGGAGCUGCGUUUUGGAAUUUCCCUGAGCAGUGCUUUGUCAACUGCUUAUAAGACUCUGCGAUGUACUGACUGGUCACUAUGGGCAGACGAUACCCAGGGGCAUUCCACCGGCCACACAGCACAUUUGACUCCACAUUGGACAGUAUGUCCGUGUUCCUCGCAACCAGCAACGGUCAGACAGAUGUGGCAAAUCGCAACGGCUCAUCCACCCCGCCCAACACUCUCAACCUUCGCUCCUCACACAAUGAAUUGGUGAAUGCUGAAAUCAAGAAUAGCACCCCUCCAAAAUGCAGGAAGAAAUACGCCCUGACUAACAUCGAGGCCGCCAUGGGCCUGGGCGACAUGCCUCCCCCACCGGUCCCAGUAAACAACUCCGCAAACUCCAAACUGGCCAAGAAUGGGGAAAACCAGCUGCGCAAGGCAGCAGAGCAGGGCCAGCAGGACAUGAACAGGAACAUCAGUGGGAACGUUGUUAAAAAUAUCAUCUCGGAAAAGUUGGAGGGCAAGGAGGCAAAUCCGCAAGAUGUCCCCAGCACUGAGGCCGUGGCAUCACAGCCAAGGAAGAGUAAGAGCUUUCUGAAUUACUAUGUAGACCUGGAGUCAGCCACUCAGGAGUUAGUGCAGAAUCAGAGCAAUAGCCCCACCACCAGUGAGGAGAGGGCUACACAGUCACACACUGAAUCUGCAUCCAGCGAUGAAGUUCUGGCCAGUGAAGAAAGUGCUUCUGCCACUCCUGAAGAUUGCCAAAUGGCCACCAUUUCCUCCAGUCCUGAAGGCAAGAAAGACCCGCCCAGGCCAGGAGGAAGGGCAGACUUUGCGUUGAGCAAAAUGCAGAACCUGAUUCCCAGUGAUGAAGAUUCGAGCUGGACAACUCUGUCACAAGACAGUGUGUCAUUGACUGCUUCACCUGAUGAAACAGCAGACAUAUGGAGCGACCAAUCCUUUCAGACUGACCCAGACCUCCCGCCAGGAUGGAAGAAAAUCAACGAUGUUGCCGGCACCUAUUACUGGCACAUACCAACAGGCACCACUCAGUGGGAACGCCCCAUCUCUCCCACAGCACAGGUCCUGGAGGAAAGAAAGGGCUCACUGAGCUCCAUCACCCCAUCUCCCACUCCAGAAAGUGAGAAACCGUGGACUGACUUUGCUGUGCUGAAUGGUGGAAAGAUUAAUAGUGACAUUUGGAAGGACCUGCAUGCUGCUACAGAGAACCCGGACCCCAGUCUGAAGGAGUUUGAGGGAGCAACACUUCGCUACGCUUCUCUGAAACUGAGAACCCCACUGCAAGCUGAGGAAGAUGAUUCCUGUACCAUCAACAGUGACCCCGAAGCCAAGUGCUUUGCUGUGCGCUCCUUGGGCUGGGUGGAAAUGGCAGAAGAAGAUCUAGCACCUGGCAAGAGCAGUGUAGCUGUGAACAACUGCAUCCGGCAACUGUCCUACUGCAAGAAUGAUAUCAGGGACACAGUUGGGAUUUGGGGAGAGGGCAAGGAUAUGUACCUCAUCCUGGAGAACAAUAUGUUGGAUCUAAUCGACCCAAUGGACCGCACCAUUCUUCACUCUCAACCAAUUGUGAGCAUUCGUGUCUGGGGUGUCGGCCGUGACAACGGUCGAGAGAGGGAUUUUGCCUAUGUUGCAAGAGAUAAAGAUACACGAAUCCUAAAAUGUCAUGUGUUCCGGUGUGAUACACCAGCGAAAGCCAUCGCAACCAGUCUUCACGAAAUCUGUUCCAAGAUUAUGGCGGAACGGAGGACUGCCAAAGCUGUGGCUUGCAGCGUCUCCCAGGAGCGAGUCAGUGUAAACCUUGAGGUUCCUCUGCAAGUAGAUUUCCCAACACCAAAGACGGAACUGGUACAAAAGUUUCAUGUUCAGUACCUGGGCAUGUUACCUGUGGCCAAGCCACUAGGUAUAGAAAUACUGAACGGGGCAAUAGACAGUUUACUGGCCACAACUAACAAAGCAGACUGGCUAACCGUCAUCAUGAACGUUGCUGAUGCCACUGUUACAGUGAUAAGACAGAAGAAUGAAGAUGAGGUUUUGUUGGAGUGCCGAGUCCGUUUUCUGUCUUUCAUCGGAGUGGGGAAGGAUAUCCACUCGUUCGCCUUCAUUAUGGACACAGGGAACCAGCGCUAUGAGAGUCACGUGUUCUGGUGUGAGCCAAAUGCAGGAAACGUAUCUGAGGCUGUUCAGGCAGCAUGUAUGCUUCGGUACCAGAAGUGUUUAGUGGCCAGACCUCCCCCGCCAAGGAUGUGUUCUUCUGGUCCUCCAACAGACUCUGUGACAAGACGGGUCACGACCAGUGUAAAACGUGGUGUUUUGUCUCUCAUUGACACUUUGAAACAAAAGCAACCAGUAUCUGAAUCGCCUUGAAGAGGAUCUGGAAAGAUCUCUUUAAACACUAGAGUCUAGUAAUAACUGAGAUAACACUUCAUGAUCCAUGCGGAUGUUGAGCCUUCCAGUUAUAUAUGCUGAACCUCUUGUCUUCAACAUAUAUUGUUUAUUGUCAGAAUAAAUGUAAGACGAGCAUGUUAUCUCAUUCUUCAUCAUGACGUGGUAUCGGGAGGCGCAUGAAUAACUUUCUGCUAUCAUCGUUUCAGUUCACUAACUGAUGGAAGGUGUCUGGAAUUUCUAUAAGCCCUGGACUAAAUGGUGCCCAAGCAAUUCAUCUUGCUGUCUACUAAAAGCUGGACAUCUCACAACCAAGCUCAAAUCGGAAGUAUUUACUAGUGCACUUUUUCUGUCACUAACACUGGUGCAAUGUAGUGAGUGGUGCUUAGACUGUAAUAGGGCUGCUUAUUUUUUGUCAUUGUUAUCCUUUUGGUCGUUGCAGUCAAUGUGAUUAUGUGUAUCUGACUUAUAAGACCCUUCUGUUACUCUGCUUCCUGCUUGCGGAGCACUUACUGACUAAAACAAUUCAGAUUAAUAUUGAAAGGUGGAUGCAUGUCUCUAACUGGUUAUGACAAGCUUUAUAAACAUUAUCAUUGCCCUCUAGCAUAAGACAUACAUAUUCCCUCUAAUAUAAUACACUCGCUCAUGAUAAGCCCAUACUGUUGGAGUUACGACUUGUGACUGUUUUUUAGAAGCUGCUUGAAAUGUUUGCUCUUUAAUUGUUGGCUUCACUUGGAUCUCUUUAUUCAUCGGUUCAACCAUUCUUUGAUGAAAUCCACGUUCUUACCUUUUGAGAAAGUGCCCAGAUACUUGUGUCUAUUCCAUUGCUUUGGGGAAUGAUUUUUUUGGUCUACUUCUAUUUAAAACAUACUCCUUUCGAAAUAAAUUUCACCUCGGUCUAGAUCGACUCUAUUUAAGUAUAAUAAACUCCUGAUAACUCGGCACUCCAAAGGUCAUGAGUUAUUCAAAGUGGGGAGUUAGGCGUAUAUAAAUACUGUAUGUAAAUAAAUCUGUCCGGGAUAUUGACAGCACGAUGACUUAAGUGGUAGUGACAACUUAAGCUGGGAUCAGGUUAUCAGCAGUUUACUGAAGCAUUUUAGAGCAUCUAGAAUUUAGCAAAUAUCUCUACUGACUUCAAUUUGAAGCCAGUUUUUUUGGAAGAACUAGAGAAAGACUAUUGUAAAUUUGAGACUGAAUCCAACAAUUUGCCGAACUCUGGACAUUCUAAAAUGCUCUCUAAAUAGUGUAAAUGGUAAAGGCAGUAAAUCUAGACCCAAGGCGGAGUCUCUCCCCACACUUGGUGUUAGCUUUAUUUUAUGAUCAGAAUGCCAGCGGUCAGCUUCGGCUUUGGGAUGUGUUGUUGGGUAAGGGUUGCGGAGUGGAAAAAGCGAGGGUUGAAAAUCUGCAAACCGGAGACUUUAAUCAAAGUUACAUUCGGCGCUUGUCUUACUAAAGUACUCGGGUUAAAAAAAAUGGACCAAGUUGAAUUCUACAUGUCAGUUAUCUCAAGGAUGCAACCUGACCUUAAAAACAAGCGGAUAUUUUGCUAUGUUAAUAGAACUAGUGAUCUAAAUUCUUUGCUUAGAUUGAGCAAUAAUGCAAAUGCUGUCACUAAACUAGCAGUUCAAAUCUCCCUGUACAUUUUUAAUUUCAAAUAAGGGUUAAGAUUUGAGUUGAAGUAAAAAUAAC